AUGCUUAACGACAAGUCUACAUAUACGAUCGGAAGUGUGAUAAUGGCAUUCAAUGAAGUAUGUCCAGAGAGACUGGAUUUAAUUCACCAGCAUUAUAGGAAACUAUGUAGAAUGUUAGUCGACGCUGAAGAAUGGGGACAGAUAGCAAUAAUAGGUCUGCUGAUCAGAUAUGCAAGAACGCAGUUUCUAAAUCCCAAUCCUCAGGGAAUUAAGUCAUCUACUAAGAAAAAGUCACAAGCAUUCUACUCGGAUGAGAGCUCUGAUUCAUCCUCAUCAUCUGUUGACAAGCUUUUUGCUUUGGAUCCAGAUCAUGACUUACUUCUCAAAUCAUGCAUGCCAUUACUACAAAGUCGGAACACUGCUGUUGUUCUAUCAGUGGUCAAACUAUUUUACUAUCUUGCACCCGAGCAAGAAGCAUAUAAAAUGGGAAAGUCACUAGUCAAACUACUCCGUUCUCAUCGGGAGAUACAAUACGUUGUUCUCAAGAAUAUUAUGGUGAUAGCAACUCAGCGGCCGAAUUUGUUUGAGCCCCACCUCCAGCAAUUUUUUGUUAGAGCGACUGAUCCUGCCUUUAUUCGUAACUUGAAACUAGAGAUAAUGACACUGAUUGCGACUGAAAGUAAUAUCACAUUUCUACUUCGAGAGCUUCAGGAAUAUGUGAAAAGUCCAAACAAAGACUUUGCUACUUCGGCGAUUCAGGCCAUUGGGCGGUGUGCAAUAAGAAUGCCAGAGAUGGCUGAGAACUGUCUAAACGGAUUAAUGAAAUUGUUAUGGAGCAAAAAUGACGCCAUAGUCGGAGAGGCUGUAUUAGUAAUAAAAAGACUUCUCCAAUUAAGACCACAUGACAAUGUGGAAAUGAUAACGCAACUCGCAAAGGCCCUCGAUCAGAUAACCGUUCCCAUGGCCCGCGCUUCCAUCUUCUGGCUGGUUGGACAAUAUGCACAAAAACUCGAGUUAAUUGCUCCAGACAUCCUUCGCAAAGCUGCCAAGGACUUUUCCAACUCGGAUGAUGUUGUCAAAUUACAAGUAAUUACUUUGGCUGCUAAACUUGUUUGUUUGCAUCCGACAGACCAUACGCUGGGAUUGUUAUACGAGUAUAUAAUGAAUUUGGCGCGAUAUGACGUGAACUACAACAUCAGAGACAGAGCAAGGAUGCUAAAGGGAUUGAGGGGUGAGCAACGAUUAGGAGAAGAGGAUGGAGAUGAGAAAAAGGUAGGGAUCUUGACUGAAAGAAUGGAGACGAUAUUGCUUGGAGAGAAGGAAGCGCCCGUAGAGAGUCUCAGCGUGGGGUCAUGUAAGUACACGCUCGGAUCAAUGUCACUUGUUCUCGACCACCCAAUGCCCGGAUACGAACCGCUGCCCGACUGGCCUACCAAAAAACCUGUUGCGUCUGUUAGGAACACAGCGGUUGAUUCAUAUGACCGAACAUUCACUGUGCAAGGCUUCGGCUCUGAUUCAUUUAGCCGGUUUACUCAAUCUUCCACGUAUUCUACACCAAAACGGGAUAGAGUGCAAUAUGAUUUAGACAAUUUCUACGAUUCUACCGAGAGCGAAGUGGAGACUGAAGAGGAGACUGAGGAAGAGUCUGACGAGAAUAGUGAAGAGAGCGAAGAGACUGAAACGUCCUCAGAAGAGAAUGAUACCGACGACCAACAAAGACAUAGAUUAAUCACAAAGACAUCAUAA